GUAUUCUUCAGCGGAAAUAAGGAAACAGUUUACUCUCCCACCAAACCUUGGCCAGUACCAUCGACAAAGCAUAAGCACCUCCGCUGGCUUCCCUUCUCUUCAACUACCUCAGUUUUAUGACCCAGUGGAGCCGGUGGACUUCGAAGGACUUCUGAUGACACACCUGAACAACCUGGAUGUGGAGCUGGCCCAGGAGCUGGGAGACUUCACGGAAGACAACUUGGAUGUGGUGUUCACGCCAAAGGAAUGUCGGACUUUGCAGCCCUCUUUGCCGGAGGAAGGGGUUGAACUGGACCCUCAUGUCAAGGACUGUGUUCAGACCUAUGUUCGGGAGUGGCUAAUUUUAAACCAAAAACACCAAGGAAAUUCGGAGAUUUGCCGUUUUAAAAAGAUUGGAUCCCGAAAAGAUUUUCACAAGACGCUUCAGAAACAGACGUUUGAGUCAGAAAUCUUGGAGUGCAGUGAACCCAGAGUUCAGGCAGGCCCCCGCCCCUUAAAGGUGCUGUGUGAUGUGUCUGGGAAAGGCCCCCUCACUGCUUUCGACUUCAACCUGCGCAGCCUGCAGCCGGACCAGCGGCUGGAAAACCUCCUGGAGCACGUGAGUGCCGAGGACUUUGAGAAGCAGAACGAGGAGGCCCGGAGGACCAACCGGCAGGCCGAGCUCUUUGCCCUCUACCCAUCGGUGGACGAGGAGGAUGCUGUGGAAAUACGUCCGGUGCCAGAAUGCCCUAAGGAACAUCUGGGCAACAGAAUAUGGGUCAAGUUGCUGACCCUAAAGUUUGAGAUAGAAAUUGAGCCUCUGUUUGCCAGCAUUGCUCUCUACGAUGUUAAAGAAAGGAAAAAGAUCUCAGAAAAUUUUCACUGUGACCUGAACUCUGACCAGUUCAAAGGAUUUCUCCGUGCCCACACGCCCUCUGUUGCCCCAUCGAGUCAGGCGAGAUCUGCGGUGUUCUCCGUCACCUAUCCAUCCUCAGACAUCUACCUAGUAGUCAAGAUUGAAAAAGUCCUUCAACAGGGAGAGAUUGGAGACUGUGCGGAACCCUACAUGGUUAUCAAAGAAAGUGAUGGUGGAAAGAGUAAAGACAAGAUUGAAAAACUGAAACUUCAAGCUGAAUCUUUCUGCCAGCGUUUGGGGAAAUACCGGAUGCCCUUUGCCUGGGCUCCUAUAAGCUUAGCAAGCUUCUUCAAUGUCUCCACCCUGGAGAGGGAAGUGACCGAUGCAGAGUCCGUGGUUGGAAGAAGCUCUGUGGGUGAGCGGAGAACCUUAUCCCAAUCUAGAAGGCUUUCGGAAAGAGCCCUCUCCUUGGAGGAAAAUGGGGUCGGAUCCAACUUCAAGACCACCAGCAUGACCAUUAACAGCUUCUUCAAGCAGGAGGGAGAUCGCCUUAGUGAUGAAGACUUAUUCAAGUUUUUAGCGGACUACAAAAGAUCUUCUUCCUUACAGAGAAGAGUCAAGUCCAUUCCAGGCUUGCUCAGACUGGAGAUUUCUCAGGCUCCAGAGAUAAUCAAUUGUUGUCUGACUCCUGAACUACUGCCAGUGAAACCCUUUUCUGAAAACCGGACACGUCCACACAAAGAGAUUUUGGAAUUUCCAAUCCGGGAAGUGUAUGUCCCUCAUACUGUGUACAGAAACCUUCUCUAUGUCUACCCACAGAGGCUGAACUUCACUAACAAGCUAACAUCUGCCCGGAACAUUACAAUCAAGAUCCAGUUCAUGUGUGGAGAGGAUCCGAGCAACGCUAUGCCGGUCAUCUUUGGAAAAUCCAGCGGGCCUGAAUUUCUGCAGGAAGUGUACACAGCUGUCACAUACCAUAAUAAGUCUCCAGACUUCUAUGAAGAAGUGAAAAUUAAGCUCCCUGCUAAGCUCACAGUAAAUCACCACCUCCUGUUCACCUUCUAUCAUAUCAGCUGUCAGCAGAAGCAAGGAGCCUCCAUAGAAAGUCUCCUGGGAUAUUCAUGGCUGCCAAUUCUCUUAAAUGAACGUCUUCAAACUGGAUCCUACUGUCUCCCAGUUGCCUUGGAAAAGCUGCCACCCAACUACUCCAUGCAUUCUGCAGAGAAAGUCCCUUUACAGAAUCCUCCUAUUAAGUGGGCUGAAGGACAUAAGGGAGUAUUUAAUAUUGAAGUGCAAGCUGUUUCCUCCGUUCACACCCAGGACAACCACCUGGAGAAGUUCUUCACUCUCUGCCACUCCUUGGAGAGCCAGGUGACCUUCCCCAUCCGCGUGCUGGACCAGAAGAUCAGUGAGACGACGCUGGAGCAUGAGCUGAAGCUCAGCAUCAUCUGGCUCAACUCCUCCCGCCUGGAGCCCCUCGUGCUCUUCCUGCACCUGGUGCUGGACAAGCUCUUCCAGCUGUCCGUGCAGCCCAUGGUCAUCGCCGGCCAGACAGCCAACUUCUCCCAGUUUGCCUUUGAGUCCGUGGUGGCCAUCGCCAACAGUCUGCACAACAGCAAGGACCUGAGCAAAGACCAGCACGGGAGGAACUGCCUGCUGGCCUCCUACGUGCACUACGUCUUCCGCCUGCCCGAGCUGCAGAAGGACCUGCCCAAGUCAGGCGGCCCCACUGCUCUCCCGGACCCUCGCUACCACACGUAUGGACGCACCUCUGCCGCUGCCGUGAGCUCGAAGCUGCUGCAGGCCCGGGUGAUGAGCAGCAGUAACCCGGACCUUACCGGGACACACUCUGCCGCUGACGAGGAAGUGAAGAACAUCAUGUCCUCAAAGAUUGCUGAUCGCAACUGCAACCGGAUGUCUUACUAUAGCUCUGGCAAUAAUGAUGUUCCGAGUGCAACUGGAGCCCCAAGGCCAACCAGCAAAAAGCAUUUCCAUGAGGAGCUUGCCCUGCAGAUGGUGGUCAGCACUGGAAUGGUGAGAGAAACAGUCUUCAAGUACGCCUGGUUCUUCUUCGAGCUCCUGGUGAAAAGCAUGGCUCAGUAUGUACACAACAUGGACAAACAGGACAAUUUUCGGAGGACUCGUUUUUCCGACCGUUUCAAAGAUGACAUAACUACCAUUGUUAAUGUGGUCACCUCGGAGAUUGCAGCCCUUUUAGUAAAGCCUCAGAAGGAAACCGAACAGGCGGAGAAGAUCAACAUCAGCCUGGCUUUCUUCUUGUAUGACCUUCUCUCACUUAUGGACCGUAGCUUUGUGUUUAACCUCAUCAAACACUAUUGCAACCAGCUGUCAGCCAAGCUGAACAACCUCGCGACGCUCAUCUCCAUGAGGCUAGAGUUCCUGAGGAUCCUCUGCAGCCAUGAACAUUACCUCAACCUCAACCUCUUCUUUAUGAGCGCAGACACUGCUCCAGCAUCUCCCUGCCCCUCCAUAUCUUCCCAGAACUCGAGCUCCUGCUCCAGUUUCCAGGACCAGAAGAUCGCCAACAUGUUCGACCUGACUCCUGAGUUCCGCCAGCAGCACUUCCUCACCGGCCUUCUCUUCACGGAACUGGCUGCUGCCCUGGAUGCGGAAGGGGAAGGGAUCAGCAAAGUGCAAAGGAAAGCUGUCAGCGCCAUUCACAGCCUGUUAAGUUCUCACGACCUUGACCCGCGCUGUGUCAAACCGGAAGUGAAGGUCAAAGUCGCUGCCCUUUACUUGCCUUUGGUUGGCAUCAUCUUGGAUGCUUUGCCGCAGCUCUACGACUUUACAGCUGCAGAUGCCCGUAGUGGAAAAAACCGCGCCAGUGGUUCGGAUGAAGAACAAGAUGGGACCAGUGGAAUUAACCAGAAUGUGGCCCUGGCCAUAGCUGGGAAUCACUUUAAUUUGAAGACAAAUGGACCCAUGCUGUCUUCCUUGCCCUACAAGCAGUACAACAUGCUGAAUGCCGACACAACCCGAAACCUCAUGAUCUGCUUCCUCUGGAUCAUGAAAAAUGCAGACCAGAGCCUCAUUAGGAAGUGGAUUGCUGACCUGCCCUCCAUGCAGCUCAGCAGGAUUUUAGAUCUCCUUUUCAUCUGUGUCUCGUGUUUUGAGUACAAGGGAAAGCCGAGUUCUGACAAAGUCAGUACCCAAGUCCUGCAGAAGUCGAGGGAUGUCAAGGCCAGGCUGGAAGAGGCUUUGCUCCGCGGAGAAGGGGCCAGAGGGGAGAUGAUGCGGCGCCGGGUCCCAGGGAAUGACCGAUUUUCAUGCCUAAAUGAAAAUUUGAGAUGGAAGAAGGAGCAGACAAAUUGGCGGCAAGCUAAUGAGAAGCUAGAUAAAACAAAGGCAGAGUUAGAUCAAGAAGCCUUGAUCAGUGGCAAUCUAGCGACAGAAGCAAAUUUAAUCAUCCUGGACAUGCAGGAAAACAUUAUCCAGGCAAGCUCGGCUCUGGACUGCAAAGACAGCCUGCUGGGAGGUGUUCUAAGGGUUCUGGUGAAUUCUCUGAGCUGUGAUCAGAGCACCACCUACCUGACUCACUGCUUUGCAACACUCCGUGCUCUCAUUGCCAAGUUCGGCGACUUGCUGUUUGAGGAGGAGGUGGAGCAGUGUGCGGACCUGUGUCAGCGAGUGCUGCAUCACUGCAGCAGCAGCAUGGACGUGACCCGGAGCCAAGCCUGUGCCACCCUCUACCUCCUCAUGAGAUUCAGUUUUGGAGCCAUCAGUAACUUUGCAAGAGUAAAGAUGCAGGUAACCAUGUCUCUGGCGUCUUUGGUGGGCAAAGCACAAGACUUUAACGAGGAGCACCUGAGAAAAUCCUUGAGGACAAUUUUGGCCUAUGCAGAAGAGGACAAAGCCAUGCAGACCACUCUUUUCCCCACGCAGGUUGAGGAACUUCUCUGCAAUCUGAAUAGCAUCCUAUAUGACACAGUGAAAAUGAGGGAAUUUCAGGAAGAUCCUGAGAUGCUUAUGGAUCUCAUGUACAGAAUUGCCAAGAGUUACCAGACGUCUCCCGACCUGCGGCUGACCUGGCUCCAGAACAUGGCAGAGAAACACUCCAAGAAGAAGUGCUACACGGAGGCCGCCAUGUGCCUGGUGCACGCGGCUGCCUUGGUGGCGGAAUAUCUGAGCAUGCUAGAGGACCACAGCUACCUGCCCGUGGGCAGUGUCAGCUUUCAGAAUAUUUCUUCCAAUGUGCUGGAGGAAUCUGCAGUCUCUGAAGAUACCCUGUCGCCUGAUGAGGAUGGCGUGUGCUCAGGUCGCUACUUCACCGAGAGUGGCCUGGUGGGCCUCCUGGAGCAGGCGGCCGAGCUGUUCAGCACGGGAGGAUUGUAUGAGACAGUGAAUGAGGUCUACAAACUGGUCAUCCCCAUCCUGGAAGCGCAUCGAGACUUCCGGAAGCUGACCUGCACUCAUGACAAGCUGCAGAAGGCCUUUGACAGCAUCAUUAGCAAGGGUCAUAAGAGAAUGUUUGGAACCUACUUCCGAGUUGGUUUCUAUGGAUCCAAAUUUGGGGAUUUGGAUGAGCAAGAAUUUGUUUACAAAGAACCUGCGAUUACCAAGCUUCCUGAGAUCUCUCAUAGACUAGAGGGAUUUUAUAGUCAAUGCUUUGGUGCAGAAUCUGUGGAAGUGAUAAAAGACUCUGCUCCUGUAGACAAAACCAAGCUGGAUCCUAACAAGGCCUACAUACAAAUCACUUUUGUGGAGCCUUACUUUGAUGAGUAUGAGAUGAAAGACAGGGUAACCUACUUUGAGAAGAAUUUCAAUCUGCGGAGGUUCAUGUACACCACCCCCUUCACCCUGGAGGGGCGGCCGCGGGGAGAGCUGCAUGAGCAGUACCGGCGGAAUACCGUGCUGACCACCAUGCACGCCUUCCCCUACAUCAAGACCCGCAUCAGCGUCAUCCAGAAGGAGGAGUUUGUUUUGACACCAAUCGAAGUUGCCAUUGAAGAUAUGAAGAAGAAGACCCUGCAGCUGGCAGUUGCCAUUCACCAAGAGCCCCCUGACGCCAAGAUGCUUCAGAUGGUGCUGCAGGGCUCCGUCGGAGCUACCGUGAAUCAGGGACCACUGGAAGUAGCCCAAGUGUUUUUGGCCGAAAUUCCAGCUGACCCAAAACUCUAUCGACAUCACAACAAGUUGAGAUUAUGCUUUAAGGAAUUCAUCAUGCGAUGUGGUGAGGCCGUGGAGAAAAACAAGCGUCUCAUCACAGCUGACCAGAGGGAAUAUCAGCAGGAACUCAAAAAGAACUACAACAAGCUGAAAGAGAACCUCAGGCCCAUGAUCGAGCGGAAAAUUCCAGAUCUCUACAAGCCGAUAUUCAGAGUUGAAAGUCAAAAGAGAGACUCCUUCCACAGAUCUAGUUUCAGGAAAUGUGAAACCCAGUUGUCACAAGGCAGCUAAGAAAAGCUGUCUACACCCAUGAAGACUGAGGCUCUGCGACCCCAGAGAAGGACUCACCGGUACUGAAACCACUGGACGUUGACCACGCAAGACAGACUCAUGCUCCCUGGCCAGACAGCACUCUAGAAGAUUUGGGGUCCAAGUGACCCCAUGGGGUAUUUUUUCCAUUUGGGAGGGGGGGUGAGGGUAGCCGAGGGUGGUUAAUCAGAAUGCCUGUGUAUUUAUUAAAGAAUCGUUUUCCACAGUAUUGAACAAAACAAGUCAUAAA